ACGUGUGAGAGGCAGAAUGGCUGAAGCCAGUAUCUCAGUGGAUCAAGACCAGUUCAGCUGUUCGAUCUGUCUGGAUCUACUGAAAAAUCCAGCGACUAUUCCCUGUGGACACAGUUACUGUUUGGGCUGUAUUAAGGGCUGCUGGGAUCAGGAUGAUCAUACUGCUGUCUUCAGCUGUCCCCAGUGCAGAGAGACUUUCUUCCCAAGGCCUGUUUUAAGAAAAAACACCAUACUGGCUGACGUGGUGGAGAAACUGAAGAAGACAAGACUCCAAGCUGUUCCUCCUGCUCACUGCUGUGCUGGACCUGGUGAUGUGGUGUGUGAUUCCUGCACUGGGAGAAAGCACAAAGCCGUUAAAUCCUGUCUGGUGUGUCUGGCCUCUUACUGUGAAACUCACCUCCGGCCUCACAAUGAAUCUCCUGCCUUUAAGAAGCACAAACUGGUCAAAGCCACUGGAAACCUGCAGGAGAAGAUCUGCUCUCAUCAUGACAAACUGCUGGAAGUUUACUGUCGUACCGAUCAGCAGUGUAUCUGUUAUCUGUGUACGAUGGAUGAACACAGAGGCCAUGAUACAGUCUCAGCUGCAGCAGAAUGGACAGAGAAACAGAAGCAGCUGGGGGUAACACAGAGUAAGUUCCAGCAGAGAAUCCAGGAGAGAGAGAAGGAGCUGCAGGAUCUGAGGCAGGCUGUGCAGUCAGUCAAGCGCUCUGCACAGGCUGUAGUGGACGACAAUGAGAGGAUCUUUACUGAGAUGAUCCGCUCCAUUGAGAGAAGGUGCUCUGAGGUGAAAGAGCUGAUCAGAGAUCAGGAGAAGGCUGAAGUGAGUCGGGCUGAAGGACUCCUGGAGCGACUGGAGCAGGAGAUUGCUGAGCUGAGGAGGAGAGAUGUUGAGCUGGAGCAGCUUUCACACACAGAGGACCACAUCCAUUUCCUCCAGAGCUGUGAGUCUCUCUGUGCCCCUCCUGGACCUGCAGACUUACCCAGCAUCACUGACAGUCCACAUUUGUCUUUUGAGGCUGUGAGGAAAUCUGUCUCUGAACUGAAGGAGCGACUGGAGGACAUCUGCAAGGGGGAACUGGUCAAAAUUUCUCAAUCAGUGAAAAACGUCCCUACUGUAGAGCCCAGGACCAGAGAGGAUUUCUUACAGUAUUCCUGUCAGCUCACACUGGACCCCAACACAGCGUAUAAAAACCUGCGUCUGUCUGAGGGUAACAGAGUGGUGACCUGUGUGAGAAAGAUCCAGUCAUAUCCUGAUCAUCCAGAGAGAUUUAAUGGCACGGCACAAGUCCUGUGCAGAGAGGGUCUGUCUGGACGCUGUUACUGGGAGGCUGAGUGGAGUGGGUGUGGGGUUUGUAUAGCCGUGUCAUAUAAACACAUCAGCAGGAAAGAAGGACAUGGUGAUAACUGUGGUCUGGGAUAUAAUAACCUGUCCUGGAGUUUGUACCCCACUCACUCCAAAUACUUUUUCAUGCACAAUAAUGUUAACACUGUAAUCCCUGUUCCCCCCUCCUCCAGAAUAGGAGUGUACCUGGAUCACAGGGCAGGAAGUCUGUCCUUCUACAGCGUCUCUGACACAAUAUCCCUCCUUCACAGAGUCCAGACCACAUUCACUCAGCCCCUCUAUCCUGGGUACUGGGUUAAUUUAGAUAAUUCUGUAAAACUGUGUGAUCUUUGAUGAGACCACCCUUGGACAGGAACUCUGAGGGUGUCAAGGUACUCAGAUACCAAUAUAUGUGAAGGUGUAGGACCACCACCCACAUGAAAAGUCACUUCCAGAUGCAAUGCCGGCUGGGUGUAUGGACAUAACAGUGGAACACAUCCAGGGCUGGAAAAGCCACACAAAGAGAUGUUUUCCUCGGUGUAUAGAAAGAGAUAACAUUUGGAGUGAAGGUGAUGAAAAUCUAUGGCCAAAUGCAGAGGACAGGAUGGAUGGGCCAGGCCAACAGUAGACUUCUGAUACUGAUAGGCAGACAAUAUAUGUGCGAAUUACUGUAUAUAGUGAAAAUAUUGCUUUUUGGUAUGUAUUUGUUAUUGAUUGUAAUGUAUUUUGAGUAAUUGAUUGUAUUGUAUUUUUCUUUUCUGAAUUACAGUAUAUUGCACUGUGAGAACAAAUGUCAAAAUACUGUAAACCCUCUGAAGAAUACUGUUGCUUUUGUGAUUUGUUUCUUUAUCAUAUAUUGUUUUACAUUACACAGUAAAAAUUGUUAUUCUGGGUUUCCAAUAUAGUAAAACAUUCAUUCAUUUACAGUUUACUGUAAAUUUACCACACUUAGUCAUGACAUCUAUUGUGAGAGGCAAACCAACAGAUCAGAAGUUUCUUUAGCUGCUUGGCUUGAAAUAUUUGUGGAUGCAAAAAUAGAGGAAAGGGAAACACAUAAUAUAUGUAUUUAGCAAUGCUCCAAGUUGUUUGUGUUUUGUAGUUCAUUGAACAUUGAGUGAAAAAGUAGUCUUAUGGAAGAAAGCAUGUGCUAUAGUUAUGGCAGCAUGAGUCACUUUUGGGUGAAAUAUUAAGUGUUUUGGUGGUUGAAGUGCCUUUUGCACCAAAGGUUAACUGAUUUGCUCAGGUGUGUGUUUCAAAAGCACACUGUGUGAAGAGUUUUGAAAAAGUGGACAUGGUAUUGAGACAAGUGUGAAAACGAUUGUAAAAAACUGUAAUAAUAAUGUAAACUGAAUUCUGAACACUUAUUAACCCAGUGGACUGCAAGAGACUUUCGAUUCUGUCCUCCAUCCUGACAAAAUAUAAAAAAUAAUGGCUCAGAAACUGAACAGAGAUAAAGCUGGAAUAAGACAGGAAAUAUGUGGGUGUGGAAAAUGGGAUUCUCUGCUUUUAUUUCUGCUUCUUCCACACAAGACUUAUAAUGCUUUGUAAUAAUCACACUGUUGACAGAAAGUCAUUCUGUAGUUUAUCUUCACGUGUCUUUGUACCAAUGUGGGGUUGGCUGGCCUGCAUGGGAGGGGUUAUUGUCUUUACUGUAAGAAGCUGAUUUCAGUACAAAAUGGAAGUGCCUUUAAAUUAAUCAUUACAAUUCGAAAAACAUGUAUCCUAUAUAUUUUUUGUGCAAGUUAUUUCUGAUUCUUUAUAAAAAUCUUCAAUAAAAACUGAAUUCACUAA